UUUGAUUUGGUUGCUCCAGGACCCUAUUUUUUGAGUUUUUAUCCUCCUCGCAAAAAAGUUUUCAUUUGUCGAUAAAGAGUAUCAAUCAAUGCAUUGAUGUUGCAGAUUCCACCUACACCUACUCGUACACAGCAAUAUCAAACACAAAAUGGACGACUUCAUUUCCUCUUUGAACUGGCAGGAGAACCUCGAGUUUCUUGCGCAGGUCGAGCUCGAAGUUGUAUCCUGGCUGCUAGCAAGUCGUGAACAACGAGAAGACUUUCAAGAAGAUUUUCGACCGCCAAGAACGGAGUCUUCUCAACAAAUAACUCGACCCAAGAUGAAUACUGUCGUGUUGGAAUUUCCCCCUUUCGAUGAGCACUUUAAGAGUCUUAUCACCUUCACAGUGAAAGAACGGUUUCGGAAUUUGACUCUCUCGAAAGCUGGUCCAGGAAGGUCCUUGGCGUUUGGAAAAGUGACGGAGAAGAAGGGACUGAGGGUAGGGAUGAAGACAUCGUCAACAACCGGCGUUGUAGAUCAUUCAGCUACUAUAUUAUUAAGGCUGUACCUAAUACAUGAUCUUUGGGCUUAGGAGGUUCUCCUGUAGAUCAUCAUUCAGCUACUAUAUUAUUAGGAGGUUCUGUAGAUCAUCAUUCAGCUACUAUAUUAUUAAGGCUGUACCUAUGAAACGAAAAAGUCCACUCACACUCAAGAAAUUGGCUAGGAUUUAAGUAGGAAAGUAGCCACUUUUUUUGAGUGUGAGCGCACUUUUUUCUUUCAUAGUACCUAAUACAUCUUUGGACGCUGCAUCCUUGAUGAAAUGUAUGGACGAGGAGUAUCCACCUAAAAAGGGAAAAGGACUCCCCCAUACUCUUCAAGGAUGCACUUGAAAGAUGAACUUUUACGGACAGGAGCUCUAAUAUUAGGAGGUUCAUCUUGUACAGACGUCGCGGCGAACAAGAACAAAAUUGCUGAACAACAUCUUCCACGAUAUUCUGUGGUAGAUGCUUUGGUAAGGAGUGGGGGGAAGGAGAGCUCCAGAGCUUCUGCGACGUCUGAAGUUAUUCCGAACACUGACAGUCUCAGUAGUAAGCAGGUCGAAGACGUUUUUUCGGAAGUACGUAUUAGUAAGCUGUUGGGAGGAUAUGAGUUUCCAAGAACUACGAACAAGAAGACCACAGGAGGUUGUCCUGCUGGAGAGCGGGAACGCUCAGACGACGACCACGAUGAGGAGGAAUCUUCAUCAUCCUCGUCUUCGGAAGAGUUUAUUGGUCUGAAACGAAGAAAAAUAGAACAGCAGUAUCAACAUCAGAACAGCAGUGGCAUCAAAGCUACAUCAAGCAAGAAGCUUUGUUAUGACUAUUCUCGCUAUUCCGUACUAGAACAAGGAGGGUCCUCCACAUCCAAGAACGGAACUACAAGUCGACAAUUUUCACGUGGUGCUCCAAACCGAGAAGGAACUGGAAGUGUGCUAGGGGCUUCCUGGAAGGACAAUUGGGCGUCUGUGCAAUGGCCUGCCGUGAAAUUAUCAGCGGAAGGCGAGUUUCCGGACCAAAUAACUGGAGGAGGCAAGAAUAGCAAGAAACUGGUGAAAGUUCCCUCCUCAGGAGGAGUUCUAUCUUUUGCGUUCACGCCAAACGAGUUCUUUGCUCAUGCUGGUGCGAAGGAGGGCUUGGAGUUCAAACUCCAUCAUACCUGGUCCCCUGAUAUCGGUCUUCGUUUUAUCCGCGAUUCCUCUUCACAUUGGCGUCUCAAAAUGAAGAAGGGCGUGGUGGAAAACAUUGCCACAACCGCGUCUGAUGGACAGCCAUUCUUUUGGAUGCAGGAUAAGUUCAAAUUAGAUGAAAAAGGUCUGCAAAGAGUCUGGAUAGCUUUACUCAGGACGAGUGAUCGAGCUGCACAUACAGGGCAUAGCGGUGUGCAUCCGGAGCAUAAAGAGCAACAAGCAGAAGAAGAUCAAAAAACAAGUGCAUCUCGGUUACGUGUUAUGGCUACAGUCCUAGUACAUCACGACCUCCUCUAGUUGACGUUGAUGAUUCUAACAUCAUAAAUGCCAUUAGAAUUUUUAUCAGUUUUUUCGUUUUCAUCUUCCUGGGUAUACGGACGUAUUCCUUCCAUGAUCAUCUAAUAUUAACUCCUUAUCGAUCCUCCUUUACAACUUCCACAAGAGUUCCCUCUCCACCUCUAACUUCCUCGUCCUUGGUCUUUAUCCUGGCUUGCUGAAGAAUAAGAUAGCAGAAUUCGUAGUCAAGGUGGACGAGACACCAGAGGAGAUGUACUCUGCGAGCUGGACCUUCCUCAGAGCUGGAAGCGGAGCGGCAACUGACUCGCAGAUCUUUGGGAAUGGUCGGGCAGCGCCGAAUGUGACCAAUAUCGUGCUACAACCUCGACGUCUGUGUACACAGUUGCUGCAGCCCUUGGAUGGUGCCCAUGACGCUAGAAUUGAGGUUCCAACAGCAGAGUCUUCUGUAUUCUACUUGCCGAGCAAAAUAGAUACAUCAAAUAUCGCCUCAAAUAUGAAGAAUAAAAGCUCGAACGACAUAAGUGUGCUGUUGAAAGAACCAUGGCCAUCGGAGACAGCAAAAGAGCAACAGACUUGAUUGUUUUAGGACCACAAAAAUGAUUCACUCACACCCUCAUUGAAGAGACCGCGAGUACAUCAAUUAAAAAAGCCCCAUGUCCACCUGUACGUCAGCAUGCUUUAUUGGGCCAUAGUGCGAUGAAAAUCAUAACAAUGUCCGCCUCCUCCUCCGGUCCUUGGAAGGAC